AUGCUUCAGGUCAAGGGUGAGGAAAGGGCACAGUUACCUGGUAUGUGCUGGGGAUGCAAGUGGAUCUUAAACAAGGUCAAGAAAUCCAUCUCUAACGGCACCACACAGGAUGAGAUUCAAGGGAAGCUGCGAGCUGCUUGUGACCAAAUAGGCUUCCUCAGGUCUGCCUGUAAGGGUUUUAUUAAAAGAUACAUAACUGUGCUGAUAGAGGAGCUCUCCACCACCGAUGACGUGAGGACCAUCUGUGUCAAUGUCAAGGCCUGCAAGCCAAAGGAACUCAUCUACAUGUGAGACACAAAAGGGAGGACAACUUGGGAACCCCAUUUCAAUUGUUGCCAAAAGCUUAGCUAAGUGAAUGAUAUUUGAAC